AUGCCCUAUCCCGGUGCUUCUCAGCGUAACAAACGCCGUCGUCUACCUCAAUUUCCCGAGACGUCUCCUUUUGCAUCAUUCAAGGCCUCGAAGAACUCAAAAUGGCGGAGGAAACUGCAGGCUCAAAGACAGCCAUCUACAGAAGCACGUCGGGAAGAUAUUGAUGCGCGAAACAUCGAGCAGGUGAACGUUCACAGUAAUCUCCAUGGCAAUGAGGAGAGAAAAGAAAUGGAUCUUCAGACAAAGACAAUCAAAGAACAACAAGACUCCGGCCACGAUGUCAGCCUCGCCGAGUCUCUUGCCUUGAUUACAGAAAGGUACCUCGGCGUCGACAUUUUGGAUCAGGGUAGAGAGGUAUCCACCUUCGUGUCCUACCUUCUUGACACAAUCGAGAUUUUGCAGAGCCAAGCACGGUUCCGCGCUGCCGACAGCUCCGACAGUGACUCUGACAGUGACUCGGGAAGUGUAGACGUAGCUGUCAGUCAGCCCCCCUAUUUUCAGACUGUUCAUCGACUCUUCUGCACAGUCGAGGAUCAUCACCACUCCGGAAAGCUGUCUGAAGAUGAACCAGUGGCUCGAAAGACCAAGUCUGCUGGCGAUACAGAUCGGCUUGAGGCUAAGAGGGAGAUCAACAACCUCGAAACGUGGGCAGACAAGCGACCGUCGCUCUGCUUCGUUGUCAUCAGGGAGCACUGUUGCUCUCCAAACCAAAGAAAUGACAACCAGAGACAUGAGAUGCAAAAUCAUAGUGUCAAUCCUUCUUCCAGACUAGAGAGUCUCAGAGUAGUGUCACCUAUACUCCAGAAAGCCUUGCAGAAGGUUGCGGAGUUUCAAAUCUACCCUGAGUCUAAAUAUUAUGAGGCUGCUAUAGAAAUGGAAGCCCCAUACCUAUUCUUGUUCCACCAUCGAAAAAGGCUAGCAACAUUAGCAGAGACCGAACCAUACCAAGAAGUGCUUUUGCCUCUAAUGAACUUUCUCGAAGAAAGUUACGAGGCCGAAUAUGUCGAGGCUGAACAGAUGUUUGCCCAGGGACAUGUCAACGCUCGCCAUAUCCACAAGUUGUUCAAGCCGAAUCAACUGCUUCUUAAAAAAGAUAGAGGGGAUCACUCACUCGCAUUUGUACUCAACGAUUACAGCCAGGCGACCAGGGAUGAUAUCACGCUUAAAGGAUGGAAAUGGCAAUACGACGGCAAUGACUUGAAGCGAACGAAUGAAUCCGGGCUGAUCAGGUCUGUAGCUGAGGAAAGGGCGGACAUUCGUGACCUCUCCGUUCACCCAGUCGAGUUUGCCAGAGAAGCAGACGUCAAAAUGUUAACCCAAAGGGGAAACAAGUUCUGGAGCAUGAGAGAUCAAGCAUACACUUGCUACACAGGGUGGGACAGCGGGUCAAAACAUCAUUAUGCAUCUGCAAGGUUCAUGGUGGAUACGGCAACGUAUCACAUGAUGCAUACCGUCUCGACAUCCUCGUCAUAUGAGACACCACGCCAAUAUGAUCCGUGGCCCAUGAAAGUCAACCGUCGAGAGGACUUACCGCACAAAGCCGAAAUGCUGAUGCCUGCCAUUGUGCAUGGGUUCAAUCUCCAACAAAAAAAAUGGGUUAGUUUGAACGUCGAAAAUACUCAUCCAGUAGAUUGGAACCACAAAGCCUUCCAGCGCCUCGUUUUGGAUAAGAAGAUCAAGGAGAUGAUCCAUGCACUCGUCAAUGUUCAGACCUCGGCAAAGAAGAUGGACGAUAUCAUCACUGGAAAGGGCAAUGGCCUGAUUAUACUCCUUCAUGGAAGUCCGGGGACUGGAAAAACAUUGACCGCAGAAAGUGUUGCAGAAAUCGCAGAAAAGCCGUUGUACCGAGUAACUUGCGGAGACAUAGUUCUUCUGCUGGAUGAAGCGGACGUUUUCUUAGAAGAGAGAACUAUGGCAGACUUGCAGCGAAACAGCCUAGUGUCCGUCUUCCUACGGCUCCUCGAAUACUACGAAGGCAUUCUCAUCUUGACGUCCAAUCGCGUUGGAUCCUUCGACGAGGCAUUCAAAUCUCGUAUCCAGGUGGCGAUUCACUACGACAAUCUGACCAAGAUGUCACGUAAAGCGAUUUGGCAGAAUUUUUUCGACAUGAUUGAGGAAUCAGUCGAGGAAGAUGCCAACAUGCCGGAACUAGAAAGAAGACUCGACCAGUUGGCAUCAGAAGAGAUGAACGGCAGACAAAUCCGGAAUGCGCUGCUCACUGCGCGACAGCUAGCGAAGGAUCGCAAGGAGCGAUUGGACUGGGAGCAUCUCAGCCAAGUUAUCAAGACUUCUGCUACUUUCAACAAGUACCUCAAGGCAGUGCGUGGGCAUACUGACGAGCAGUGGGCAAGGGGGGAAUCGCUGCGUUAA